UCUGCAACUCGGAGACAGCGUUGCUCUCCGCAGAGGCGCGCACACGCCACGUCUCUCUCUGCACGACUCUCAUCUCCAUCCUUCCUCCAUCCCGCCACCAUGAAUUUGAAGCACCUGCCUGGAAAUUCCUAUCUUCAGCAAAGUGUGAUGCCACAGUCCCCAGUGCUUCCACCAAGCUGUCCCGUGAGCCUAGGCUACAUUACAGACCCUGAAUCUCUGGAGGGGCAAUUACUCAGGCAUGCUAUUGAGGGCAAAGUCAAGAAAGCCAAGAUACUGCUGAAGAGAGGUGUGGAUGUGGACUGCCACAAUGCAUCUGGGCAGACAAGUUUGUAUCUUGCUGCCCUACUGAGACACGUCCCGGUAGUCCGGCUAUUUCUGCACUUCGGCGCCAACCCCAACCACCGUUGUUAUGAUGGUAGCACCCCAGUCCAUGCAGCUGCUAUCUCAGGCCACCAGAAACUUCUGGGCCACAUCCUGAAAGCCGGAGGUGACCUAAGAUUCCACGAUCAAAAGGGGCAGACCCCUAAAGACUGGGCCCAGCUAGCUGGGAGUGAGCAGAAUGCCGAGGUCCUGGAUUUCAUCCAGCGGUGCUUUGGCCAGAUGUCUAUGCUGGUGCAGCACGGGGACCUGUUGAUGUAUUCCAAAGCUCUAGCAGCAUCACCACGCAGCCUGCGCUCCUCGCUCUCCUCACUCUUAUCUGCCACUUCCUGGCAUUUGGAUGGCUCCAAUAGGUUGGGAAGCAGCAAGGAGACAGCUAUUGGAUACAGGCAACUGUGCCCAGGCAAGUGCCAGCAGCCUGGGAUUGCUGCCUUCACGUUCAUUGCAGACGACAGCGAGCUGCUCCGAGGUCACGGAGAACCAGACUGGAGCUACCAGAACGGACCGCACACACUCAUGAAGAACUUGCUGUGGAAUGGGCAGUUUGUCACGGUGCGAAGCUUAAAGCCCGAGGCCCAUCCCCAGUGCAGUAAAAUGCGUGGUGCCCUGGACUUGCUCCUCGCUGAACAAAAAUACUGCAGCCAGCUCCACCACCCCCACCUUCUGCUUCUCUUGGCCGUGAGCCCAUCUCUGGACCUGCAAAACCUCCAGCUUGUCUUUGAGAGGGUGGGCAUGUGUUCCCUCUACUACGCCUUGCACUGUGAGAAGGCUAGCUCCCCAGCUCCCUCGGCGACACUGCGUUUGCUUCUGCAAGUCUCCGAAGCGCUCUUGUUCCUGCACUCUCGGGGUUAUAUUCACCGGGCUGUGACCUCCCAUGCAGUUCAGCUGGUGAGACCUGGACUUGCCAAGCUCAGCAACCUCGAGCACAUGCAGCAGAGCAGGGCGGAGAAAAACAGGUUAGCCCAGCCUAUUCCUCCAGCCCCUGCUCUCUACAACUGGCUGCCCUUGGAAGUCAUCAGAGAGCGCCCAGCUUCCGUGAACUCUGACCUCUUCAGCUUCUGUACGGUGAUCCAGGAGAUCUUUACAGGGGAAGUUCCUUGGGGUGGUUUGGAUGGCCUCGCUGUGAAGGAGAAGAUGGAGGCAGGGCAGUCUCUCUCGGCUGAUGCCCGUGUGCCCCAGCCUCUCUAUGAGGUGGUCAAAGGUGGCACAGCCUUGAAGGAACGCGAUCGGAAGGGUACUUUCCCCGACUUACGCUAUGUUUUGCGGGCAGCCCAGCAGGAUGCCUCAGGGGGCAUCCCUCUCGUUUCAUCAGCAGCAUCGACUCCCAAGAAGCUCUGUCUGUGGGCAGGGCAGGCUGAGUCAGACGAAUCAUCACUUCCAAUAAUUCCUGAAGAGCCGCCAUACUUUGAGGUGGAAACUCUCAGCCGGAGUGCAGAACAAAGCACUCCCAAUGCCCAGCCUGAAAGUGAGACAACCAGACAUGCACAGAAGGAAAAUGAUCAGCAGGGAAAUAUCCCUUGCAAAUCCUCUCUGGGAGAGCACAAGAGAUCAAACUCUGAGAGCACCUGUGAACCAGCGAGCAGCGGUGAAGAGGACACAGCCGAGUCAGAUAACAGGAGCCUGGUUUCUGCAGAUGUGGGAGAUUCCGUUGACAAGCAGGAGUCGGCGUUUGUGAGCAGUCUGCAGGAUUCGGCCUGUCUCUUGGCAGAGGCCCAGGCCUCGUUGGAGAAUCUUGAGAAACGCUUUGCUUCGGGCAUCCACAUGCUAGAAUCGUUAGUCGGCCAGCAGGGGGCACCGGGCCGAAGCUGCCACAGCGAUGGAGCCUUACCUAAGCAAGUAGCACUGGAAAAGUGUAAGGAUCACACUCAAAACCGCUCCCUGCAGACCCUCAUUGAUUUGUCAGCCAAGGCUAGGAAAAAGAAACAGCGAAAUCCUGUCUCUGCAGAGAUUUGCCAUAGGAAAGAGAGCACCCCUGAAGGGCCACCUUGCUGCUUGCAAACGUUGGACCUCCUUCAGGAAAUCAUCCAGGAGCUGCAAGGGAAAGGCGAUUCUCCCACUGUGAGCCAAAGGCAGCAAGCAAGGAAUGGAAAAGGACAGGCUCCUGUCUCAGGGCAAAAGAAAACAACUCCAGUCCCCGCUGCAGGUCAAGGGGCGGUUGCUAGCUUGAAGAACCAGUGAGUGAUCCUUACCAUAACCGUUCCACUGGACUGGACUGGACCAGAGCUCCUAUUCUGAAAUAAAAGCAAUCUGCAUCCUCGUUCCUUUAUCAACCCGUAUGGACCUUGAGAAUCUACUGCCCCGCAUACACAACUUCUGACGCGCUAAUUAAAUUGUUCAAAUGA